UAAUGCCAGCGUAGUAACCUAUUUGUUCUUUUUUUCCCUCCCCAGAAAAUGAUAAAGGACAAUACAUUUCACCAUUCCAUGACAUUCCAAUAUAUGCAGAUGAUGGCAAGAACUUGUUCAACAUGGUUGUGGAAGUACCUCGAUGGACAAAUGCAAAGAUGGAGAUUGCAACAAAGGAUCCUUUAAACCCAAUUAAACAAGAUGUGAAGAAAGGGAAGCUGCGUUAUGUUGCUAACGUAUUUCCCUACAAGGGAUAUAUCUGGAACUAUGGUGCAGUCCCGCAGACUUGGGAAGAUCCAGGUCAUAAAGAUGAAAAUACUGGCUGUUGUGGAGAUAAUGAUCCAAUUGAUGUGUGUGAAAUUGGAAGUAAGGUAUGCUCAAGAGGAGAAGUAAUCAGUGUGAAAGUCCUGGGUACACUUGCACUGAUUGAUGAAGGGGAGACAGACUGGAAAAUAAUUGUGAUCAAUGUUGAAGAUCCUGAAGCAGCCAAGUAUAAUAAUAUUGAUGAUGUCAGAAGGAUGAAACCUGGAUACCUAGAAGCUACUAUAGACUGGUUUAGAAGGUACAAGGUACCUGAUGGAAAGCCAGAAAACCAGUUUGCAUUCAAUGAAGAAUUUAAAGACAAGGAUUUUGCAAUUAAGGUUAUCAAAAGCACUCAUGAAUACUGGAAAGCUCUAGUAACUAAAAAAACAGAUGGAGGAGAAAUCAACUGUACAAAUGCAACGGUGUCAGACAGUCCUUUCUGUUGUACCCAAGAAUGUGCAAAAGCUACUGUAGAAGCGGUACCACCUUGUGGAGUUGCCAACCCAAUACCACCUGAAGUGGACAAAUGGUUCUAUUACCAGAGAAACUAAGACCUAAAGAUGAAUCUUAAAAUGACUGCACUCUUCCAUCAGAAAUCAUGCCUGCAAAAAUAGAUGAGCAGUAGUUUCAUGUUUCAUGGUGGGGGGAAGGUCUUGCAUAUGUAACUUAUUCUAAUUGCAUAUCUGUCAAUGAUGUGGCUUGUUCAUGAUGUACCAAGGUCAUAUAGUGACUAAAAGCAAUUAUUUGUCUGAAAGUGGGGGGGGAACCUAACUAGGCAGAGUCUUAAUAGCCUUGUACAUCAAACAGCAGCUGUUUCUGUGCACAGAUGUGCCCAAAUGGGUGUAGAAAUACUUGAUGUAUGUUUACUCUGUUAGUAAAGAAUAAAAUAAUGUUGCUCAGAAAUA